UUGGCAGUCCUGUUCUAGAAUACAUGUGUUUUUAGGUUAUGUAGCAUUCAAAAAAUGUCAAAUAUACGGAAAACUAUUGUUUCCAACUGCGAAAAGAAGUUUUUAACGAAAAGUUUGGGGGAUUGGGUGAGGAUUGAUGGAAGGGCUUUUGAUGAAUUUCGUAAAAUAGACAUCAAUUUUGGUAAAGAUUGGGGAUGUUGUUUUGUUUCCUUGGGAAAAAACGAAGGUUGUAGCUCAGGUUUCUUGUGAAGUACAAGUGCCUAAAUCGUCUAGACCCAGUGAAGGCAUUUUAAACAUUAAUAUUGAGUUAAAUCCAAUAGCAGCGCCUAAUUUUGAGGCUGGCAGGCAGUCAGAUUUAUCGGUGCAGUUAAAUCGACUUCUUGAGAAGUGUAUAAAGGAUUCAAAAGCUGUUGAUUUGGAAUCUUUGUGUAUAAAAGCUAACGAGAAGGUGUGGGCUUUCAGAGUGGACGUGAACGUGUUGAAUCAUGAAGGUAACAUUUUAGAUUGUGCUUCAGUGGCUGCUCUAACGGCUCUGGCGCAUUUUCGUAGACCUGAUGUAACUUGUGAUGGGGAGGAGUUUAUUGUCCAUACUUACCAACAAAGAGACCCUAUUCCCACUGUAAUACACCACUACCCUGUCUGUAUUACUUACGCCAUUUUUGAUGGAGGAGAGUAUGUAUUGGCAGAUCCAACAUAUUUAGAGGAGGGGGGUUGCAGAUGCAUUCCUUAGUGUUGGUUUGAAUGCAUAUAAAGAGUUAUGCGGAUUACAUUUAGGGGGAAAGUCUGAAUUAGCUGUGGAUAAUAUUUUACAAACUACGAAUAAAGCUGCAAACCAUGCGGGGAAAAAUUGUGGCGCUAAUAAAAGAAGCUAUAGAAGCAGACAACAAGAAAAGAUCCUCGAAGGAACCAAUCAGUUUUCAUCAAGAAAUACAGCUCGAUACUUUCGAUACAAGUGAGUUAUCGAGUUGUCUUGAUCAGUGGUCUACAAAACAUAAAAAAAACAAAAAGAAGAGUGAAAAAGUUGAAAAACCUCAAGACAUAAAAAUUGAGGUUUUUGAUAAGGGUUCGGCUGCUUUGGUGACAAGUGAAGUUAGUAACAAGGAAAAGUGGGGUUCUGAUGAGGAGGAAGAAGAACCUGAAGUUAAAAUUAUAGAAACACCUGUUGAAACCAUGACUAUAGACUCAGAUGGCAGCGAAGAAGAUGCAGUGGUGGUACUGAAUGCAGACCAAAAAACAAACAAAAAGAAAAAAAUACGAAAAUAAUAAUAAUGUAAUUUUUUAAUAAAGUUUUAUUAUAAUGUACAAAAUUAUUAUAACACUAUCUCUAUUUCUAUCCAAACUUAAUUAUUCUUGCUACCGGCACAAUACAAAGAUAAUUUGUAAAAAAUAGAAAUUGUUAAAAAUUCUUAGGUUAUGUUAUUUCUGCCAAACUUUGACACAUAACCUCACAUAUUUAAAUAUUUGACAUCGCACUGACUGAAGAAGAAAAAGUUACUGACUAGUUUGUGUUUAGGU